AAUUAUUACAACUUUACCACACUUUUGAUAAUUAAUUUUGUUUUAUUUAAGGUUACUUUUAAAUAUCACUAACAGAGAUACUUAUCGGAGUUAUAAUCUAUAACUAUCUAUUCUGUUUGACUUUAAGUAUUAAUCCGAAGCAUUUAUAUUUAUUCCUAAAGAUAUUCCAUACAUUCCGCAUUUAUAAUGGGUAGACCGAGGUACAUUUUAUUAGUAAGACAUGGAGAGUCCGAAGGUAAUUGUGAUAAAUCCGUUAAUAGACAUACACCUAAUCAUAAAGUAUGCUUAACAGCGAAUGGUCAUUAUCAAGCAACUGCCGCUGGUUCAGUACUUCGUGAAUUCGUGGAGAAAUUGGAUAUAAAUGGGGAAGGUGAUAAUAAGAAUGCUCGAUCAAUUAUGUUUUAUACAUCACCAUAUUUAAGAGCUCGACAGACAUGUAAUAAUAUUAUCGAAGGAAUUAAAGAUAUUAAAGGUAUUGAAUAUGAUAUUCGAGAAGAACCAAGAAUGAGAGAACAAGAUUUUGGGAACUUUCAAAGUACGGCAGAAGAAAUGGAAAAAAUUUGGGAAGAAAGAGCUCAUUAUGGGCAUUUCUUUUAUAGAAUUCCUCAUGGAGAAAGUGCGGCUGAUGUAUAUGAUAGAGUUUCAAGUUUUAAUGAAACAUUAUUUAGACAAUUUCAACAAGAUAAUUUUCCAAAUAUUUUAGUAUUAGUAACUCAUGGAGUUUGGGCAAGAGUAUUUUUAAUGAAAUGGUUUAGGUGGACUUAUGAAGAAUUUGAAUCCUUGAAAAAUAUUCCUCAUUGUCAAUAUCUCAUAAUGAAAAGAGAAAAAGAUAAGAAAUUCUCGUUAAAGACAAGACUUCAUACUUGGGAUGAUGAUGAUGUUGAAGAUGAAGAAAUUGAUGAACAAGUUUCAAGAGAAGUUGAAGAUGAAGUUUGUUUUAAUACUAAAAAUAGAGUUGCAAAUCCUGAGGAUUUAGAUAUUCAAAAUAUUAUAAAAGCUCAACAAGAUGUUAUAAAAUCUACUAGAGAGAAAAAUAGAAUGCUUAAAGAGAUGUAUGAAAAGAUUCAUAAUUCUAAAAAUGGGUAUACUGAUUAUGCUGCAAAAAGAAUAUCUCGUUUUAAGAUAGAUAAUCAAAGCGUAGCUAAUAGUGCUGAAGAUCUUGCAACUUAAAUAUAAAUUAUAUGUUUAUAAUUAAUAAUAUUUAGAAUAUAAUUUAUAGGGUGAAUUAACAUUAUG